CCCUACCCCCUUUUGCGCGCCGCCAACAGAUAGUCGCAUGCUGUGCCCAGAGUGGUCUCUCGAGGCCGCCCCCCAAAAAUGUGGAAGCUGGGGAUGCUUUGGGCCAGAGACACUCUUUCAACACCCGAGCCUCCCUCCACGCGCGCUUCUUCAUCCUGCAGCCACCAGCGUACUUGUUGCGCGUGCGCGGCAUGGAUAUGAGGUGCCAGUAUUUCGGGCACAUGUACAGCUUUGAGUGGAUGUACACCGACUUCUUCGACAUGAACCCGCAAUUUCUAGCUGACAGCGCGGAGGAAGCUGACUUUGUCGUCGUCGCACACUGCGUCACUUACGUUUAUCACGUGCUGCGCUACGGCGCUGGCUUCAACACUGUGGCGCUCACGUGGGAGGCGCUGCGGAUAGCCCAGGAGGAGUAUUUACUCCCCAUAAUUGAGUGGGCGAAGGGGACCGAGGCGCACCAGCGAUCUGGCGGCAGGAACUUUGUGCUGGUCCUGGCCAUGGACAAGGGUCGCGUCGACUACCCGCUCGUGUCGCACGCCACCCGCGACUGGCACGCCAUUACUACCGUGGGUAACGGCACGACAUGGCUGCAGACACACACGCCGUGGUUGGUCCAGGAUGCUUCCGUGUACGGUGCCGCCGAAGACGUAUGCAGCAACAGCACUAGUACUUCCAAGAGACCCCUCGUCUUCUACGACCAGGACGUGGUGGUUCCAGUGCCGACAGCAUUCCACUGGGGGGAGCUUGCAGAGGAGACGAGCGGAAGAGGUCUUUUAGUCUUCUACGCAGGGUCCCCGAACAGCUGCCUCAGGCGCUUGGUGGCCUCCGAGCUCGCGGGCUCUGCGGACCCCGAGGUCCUGGUCCUGGCGAAGCCCAUGCCGAGGAGUGCGUGGAGCAGCCUGCUCUACCGCGCGCGCUUCUGCCUGGUCCCCGACGGCUUCUCCUCCAUCUCGGCCCGCCUCUACGAGGUGCUGCUCCACGGCUGCGUGCCCGUCGUCCUGAGCCACGCGUUCCAUCCCCCCUUCGAGUCGUUCUUGGACUGGCGGCGCAUCGCCGUGUUCGUCAGGCGAACGGAGAUAGCCCACCUGCCCGCUAUGCUGCGUUCCAUCGGCGACGAGCGGUACAGGGACAUGCACGCGGCCGUCGUGCGCGCCAGGCGCCUGCUCGGGCCGCACGACACGCCGUUCUGGCUGGCCACGAACGUGGAGCUGCAGCGGCGCGCUCGGACGCUCUGAGGAGGCCGGCGACUCCGGCGAGCCACGAACGUGGAGCUGCAGCUGCGUGCGCGGACGCUCUGAGGAGGCUGGCGACGCAGGCGAACCAGGGCCGACAAGGCGCUUUCCUCCUGCGCCUGCUAAUUUUUUUCAGCCUCGUGGGGGCCAGGAAAAAGCGAGCUCAACUCCUUGGAUCUUCCGUGUUCGGCAAUUAUUGCAUCCUUGAAUUUUCGGUGGUAAUCCCUUUUUUGGGAAUUCUUCACCCCAACCAGUCUGUUUCUCAUUCCCCGCAUCCUGAGUGGGGUUCAUGUUCCCCACAUCCUGAGUGGGGUUUUUUGUUUUCCUAGAACACCCUCUCCUUCUCCUUGUCCCCCUCCCUCCUCCUUGCUGCGAAGCUGCUGCUGCUACGACUAUUGGUAUCGGAAAACCACACAUUUCAAAAGGUUUGGUGACCCUCCCACCGCUUCAGGGAGGCCCCGCCCGCGCGAGGAGACCCCUUCGUGGAGGCCCCGCCAGGGCGCCAUUGAAGCCUUUGACAGGCCCCGAGCACAAGAGGCCCCACUCCGCUGCCCACUUAGGCCCCACUGUGACAUCCUUAUACGGGGAACUCCUUUGACAUUUUUUUUUGAAUGUAGUUGCCUUUUGCUGACUCUGACCCCAGAAAACUGACCGCCAUGGGCAGGCGAACGAGCUCUGGCCGUCAGCAGCUCCCAGCUCGGUGCGAGCUGGCCGUUCUGGAUGGCCACCGUCACGGGAGUACAAAAACCACCCCGACCCCAUGAUGGGCGUUUACCCGGCAAGCUCGGGCGUUCGCUGCUACCGAGCAGCGUUGCCCUGUUCGACUCCUUCUUGAGGUGCGUUUACUGCAGGGCUUCUCUGAUCGGGGUGAUCCUGCAGAGGCUGGCUGUUCUGCCCUCCACGCGAGCCCUGGGGCUGCGGCUGCGCCAGCGGGAGCCAGCGAGCCUGGGCCGACGAGGUGGGCCUCCUGCCGCUGGUGGCUGCGCUCGGUUGUGGGGCCAGCGUGCAGUGGGCGGGUGGCGGAA